AUGACGACCCCGGCUUUUUUAUGCUCCCCGCUAUUUUUCGGGCUAAAUACUCGGUUUAGAAGACACCCCGAUAACCUUGUCCGCAGCCCGAGCUUCGUGCUUUACAACCGUCUGCGCGUUGCACCGACACGCACGCAAGUGUCGUCGCGCAUGAGAAACCGAGGUGGGUUCCAGCUCCCGCCUCGCGUGCCAGAGGAUGCUGUCAAAAGGAGGAGGGCGAUAGAGCUGCUGGGGAACCUCACGCAACGGAAGAAGAUGAAAGAAGGCAAAAUGCGAGAAAUCGAGGCGCUAGUCGGCGAGCUCCCCAAGAGCCGGGAGCUUGCCCAGCAGUGGAAGGUAGCCAUGGAGCAUACUCCCAAUGCUAGGCGGAAACACCUGACAGGUCCGACGGCGCUCAGGCAUCGGACGGAAGUGCUGCGACGGAUUCGACUGCCCGAGCGCACCGCAAGCGUGGACCGCUCUUUCGUCCUCUUGGGGUGUCUGGAGCGCCGGUACCGAUACUCGCAGCCUCCGUCGAUUCGAGUGUUGGAGGAACUGGAAAAGCGAAUAGGAGACUAUCCAGUCGAUGAGAACGAGACACACCACUUUCGAAAAGCACUCAAGGUGCUGCGAAACGAGCGCCGCUCCAAGGAGCUGCGCCCUCCGCGCAUUCCAGUUGGAGACAUGAACGAGCUUCUUUAUGCCAGAAUGGCGCUUGGGUACUAUGCUAUGCGGCGAUCAAAGGGCGUUCGGGCCGGUCGGGCGACACGACUCGAAGACGUGAUCGGGGUAAGGCCUCGGAAUCAGAACGUGGCCUUGUCGUGGAAGAAAAUUAUGUCUGCAGCUAUUCGCAAGAAGAAACGACAGGAGCGUACCGCGAAACGACUUGCAGAGAUAGAACGCAAGCGGCUGAAGCGAAGAUGGUCUCGCGAGCAGCGAAAAUUAGAGAGUCACAUGAGGGCGCAGCUGCCCGUGCGGGAGGUGCGCAACAAUGGUACCUCGAGCGUGGUGGAAUCGUUUGCGGGCGUGGAGUUUGAGUCGUCCAACGUGUCAGCAUCUAACGGCAAGGCGAGUGGGAAUGGGACUCACACGAAUGCGCAGGGUGCGGUUGAUGACGGUACAUCUGGUGAUGCACACGUGACGGAAGAAGCGGUGCCAUUCGUGAGACGUUUGCAAAGGAUUUUUGGGGUGUUGCUGGGAAGAAAGCUGUGA